AUGAGUCCUAUUAUAUUUAUCUCUAGUUCAUCAUUGAGAAAUGUUUCAACUGGAUCUUCAAGACCUUCUAAAGUGUGUUUAGUGUGUGGAGAUGAAGCAUCUGGAUGCCAUUAUGGAGUAGUAACCUGUGGCAGUUGCAAAGUCUUCUUUAAGAGAGCAGUGGAAGGGCAGCACAAUUAUUUAUGUGCGGGACGGAAUGACUGUAUAAUUGAUAAAAUUCGAAGAAAAAACUGUCCAGCUUGCAGAUUACAGAAGUGUCUUCAAGCUGGAAUGAAUUUGGGAGCCCGGAAGUCGAAAAAGUUGGGCAAGUUAAAAGGAAUCCAUGAAGAGCCACCACAGCAGCAGCAGCAGCCACCACAAAGUCCAGAAGAAGGGAUUACGUAUAUUGCUCCAGCAAAAGAAACUUCUGUGAACACAGCACUUGUUCCUCACUUAUCUGCAGUUUCACCAGCACUUACUCCCUCACCUGCUAUGGUUCUAGAAAAUAUUGAACCUGAAAUUGUAUAUGCAGGAUACGAUAGCUCAAAACCAGACACAGCUGAACACCUGCUCUCCACUUUAAAUCGUCUCGCUGGCAAGCAGAUGAUUCAGGUGGUGAAAUGGGCAAAGAUCCUCCCAGGAUUUAGAAACUUGCCUCUUGAGGACCAAAUUACUUUAAUACAGUAUUCUUGGAUGUGUUUAUCGUCAUUUGCCUUGAGCUGGAGAUCAUACAGACAUACAAACAGCCAGUUUCUUUAUUUUGCUCCUGACUUGGUCUUUAAUGAAGAAAGGAUGCGGCAAUCUGCAAUGUUCGAAUUAUGCCAAGGAAUGCACCAGAUCAGCCUUCAAUUUGUUCGUCUGCAGCUUAGUUUUGAAGAAUACACCAUAAUGAAAGUUUUGUUGCUGUUAAGCACAGUUCCCAAGGAUGGCCUCAAGAGCCAAGCUGCAUUUGAAGAAAUGAGGGCAAAUUAUAUUAAAGAACUUAGAAAAAUGGUAACUAAACAUCCAAACAAUUCUGGGCAAAGUUGGCAGCGAUUUUAUCAACUGACAAAGCUCCUGGACUCUAUUCAUGAUCUUGUUAGCGAUUUGCUGGAAUUUUGCUUCUACACCUUCCGAGAGUCUCAAGCUCUCAAAGUGGAGUUUCCAGCCAUGCUGGUAGAAAUUAUCAGUGACCAGUUACCCAAGGUGGAAUCUGGGAAUGCCAAGCCCCUCUACUUCCACAGGAAAUGACAGAACAUGUCUUAAUGGAAAAAAAAGAAAAAGAAAACUUUGCCUUAAGUUCCCCUGCGCUAUUCCACACCCAUGAAGGAGCCAAGAAGCCACAUUUAAAGUGUGCUAUUCAAAAUCGUUCAACAGUGUCUCAGUAGUCUAAAGACAAUAUGAAGGUUUGGAGAAUGGAAAACAAGCAUCUUACAUGAACUUGGUAAGACAAACUAGCCAAGAUGUUUAUGAACACCAGGCUACCCCGAAUAUUCCCAGCAUUUAAA